AUGACUGACCAGCGGAUGCGCUUGGACGAUGAGCUUGAGCGCAUCAUACAUAGUCCUUAUCCUACUCAGCUGAAGUCUUUACGAGAUGUCUUGUACGAUGGCUAUACAAGACAUGCUAUUGAUAAAUCGCUCCAAAACAGGAUCUGCCAACUCGAUCAUCUGGCGGAAUGUCUUCUAGAAGGGCUGAAGACUUGGCCGUAUGUGCUGGAAAUCAUCACAUCGCUUUCAUCCAACGUUGCUUUUCGAGAUGCCCUACUUCGAUGCGAGCCCAGACUGCUGCCGGAUCUACUCAAUCGAGCGACCAGCGAAGGUGGACUAAAUGGCAAGUACAGCCAGCCCGCUGUGGCUCUACUAUCGCAUCCACUACCUGAUGAUCAUCCACUACCGGCAUCAGCACAAAUACUAUUUCUGCGCCUGAUUCAGUAUGCUACCCAGCAUCCCUCUGCAUCUGCACUCAGACCAGUUUGUGCGCUACUACGUGGCGUAUCGACGCUACUCGUGGGUCUGUUGUCGAGCGCAACGCUAUCAGAAUUCGAGGAGCAGCUGGGAGACGUACUACGAAGCAACCAUGUUCGUUCAGCUCCCGAAGCUGGCGAUCAACUUCGAACCCUCCACUGCCUAGCUAUCAUGCAGAAUAUCGUCGAAGGAUACAGUGAGCGACGUACAGCAAGUGCGAGCUUUUAUGAGACUCAGGAUCUGCUCGCUAGUACACAAACUAAUACGCCUUGCUGGUCACCCGAGAAUAUGCAAAACUUCUUUUGCAGCACGAAUAAGGCGCCAAAGACUGUGCAGCUGGUCGUGCUUCAAGCGAUAUGGGCUUGUCAAGCACAUGAUGUCUCUUAUGAUGACCGUAUGACCACACUGUCUCUCAGCAACCAUAUCAUGGCUGCUGUUCCUUCGGAUAUUAGAGAUGCUUGGUGUGCUUCGAAUCCCACGGUGGCCCAGAAGCUGCAGCAGAAAGUACUGGCCUGUCAGGAUAGUACACUAGAGCUUGUGGCUACCGCCUUUGUCUGUCGACUCUGUAAGCCAGUCAUGCUUCAGUCUUCUCUGGUCGAAGACAUCAGACAGACUUGUACGAAUCUAACAUUGCUGAAUCAAUUGAGUCGUCUGGACCUUGAGGAUGGCCUUGCUUGCUUUCUCCCGCUGCUUGAUCGUGAGACCAUUCAGGAAUUAUGCCGGCGGAUAUUGGAUGUCCUGGUGGGAGCAGACCAGACUGCUCUACACACCACCUUUCGGACUUGCCAGACUGUCGUGCGUGCGCUGUCUCAAUCGUAUCGAGAGGGUAGCGUCGUUGAAGAUGUAUCAUCCGAUAUAUUUCUCGAUGGCUUGACUGGACCAAAAGUGGAGGAGCUGCUAGCCAAUCUCAGCAGUAAGGCCUCAGCGCGACCAUCUGAGCAUUCCGCGAGAGCUUGCAAAAGAUCGCUAGACAUCGCCCACAAUGAAGCGUCUAGAGACUACGUCAGCUUGCUUCUGAAUUUGUCUAUCCACGUCUCGAAAGACGAGUACCACAUUGGCUCCACCAUGGAAUCACUAAUCCUGAUCCAUGCGCUCUCAGCAGAAGGAAGCAUACCGUGUCAUCACGCUCGAUAUACAGCUUCAGACCCUACAUCGCCCGUGGAACUUGCUCAGAACGAUGACUUACAACAGGACGGCCACCAAGACUGGCGGCAAGCAUUGAAAGACUACAGUACGUCGAACGCCCGGAAGGCCAUUCAGGGCUUGACGGAGCUGUUUGGUCGUGCUUGCAGUGAUCUAGAGGCACGGUGCGAGCACGUAGAACAACCAUUGGCUGAGGAGAUGAGUGCUCGCUUAGCGCUGCAAGAGGAAUCCGACGCAUUGCAACAAGCAUACGAUGAUCUCGAAGCCCAGCAUCUCGAUCGUAAGCUACAUCAAGAUGGCCUCGAGGCCGAGAAUAAUGAGUGCCGAGGAACACUGGAAGCUGCCCAAGACGAAAAUGAAGAGCUUCUUGGAAAAGUCUCCAGCUUACAGCGACAACUCAAAGAUAAUCAGGACGAUUUCAAAGAGCAGCUUGCCACGAUCAUGGCCACGAAGGAAUCCGCGGAGCUCGAGCGCGCGGCUGUGAGCGCAAAGAUGCAGGAGAAUCGUGAGGAGAUGCAAGAGCGAUCUGCAGAGUUCACUAGGCGUCUGACGGCGCAGAGCCUUGAACUUGAACAGCUGAGAGUCUGCAACGCAGCCGCAUCAGCAGCCAGAGACGAAGCUCGAGCUCGGACAGAAGCCAUGCAAUCGGAUCUCCACGAAAAGGAUGAGGAACUCCGGACUUCCGAGGUCGCACGUAUUGAAGCGGAGGCGCAUCGUAUACACCUAGAGUCCGACCUACAUGCCACAAACCAGGAUCUCGAGCAAGCCAAAGGCAGCCACGAGCGCGAGGUGGAAGCUAUGCGGGAAGUCGUCCGCCAGAACAGUAAAGCGGCUAAUGCAUCGCACAAUCACGCCUUGGACCGCAUGGCUUCGCAACAUGGAGGUGAGGUCGCUGGGCUGGAGGAGCGGGUUACUGAGGGUCUACAGCAGAUCAAGAAGCUAGAGAAGAACUGCAGGCAAAAGGAUGCCCAGAUUGCCGAAGCCAAUGCUCUGAGAGUCCAACUUCUUGCCACUCUUGGUGGAGGCGGCGGCGGCGGAGCUCGAACUCACCUACUACCACCAGAUACGCAGUCCCAGACGCAAAGUCAGACGCAAAUGAGCAUGCCAUAUCGGACGCGGAGUCCGACGAAGACGGAUAUGCGAGUCACGCAACAAGAUCAUAGCAUACUGCCUUUCUCACAGUCCUUUGACGGAGCGAUGGAUGAUGCAAACAGCCAGAUCUUCAACGAUGGCCAUGCAACAAUGCACACGUCCUUCGCAUCCACAGGCGACUCCUCCACUUCUGCUCAUAAUGCUGGACCAACGCCGAAGCGCGCGAGGCCGAGACGCAGCAUUAAGGCUUCUGUGCCGUCCACAACUGCACGGACGAGUAAAACAGUUGGUAUGAGUCGAGUGGCUAGUAGAAAGACUGGCUCAGCGGUACAGGACUCGACUAAACGAAAACCGCUUGGGGGGCUGCAUGUGAAUGUUUCACCGCGCAAAGAGAUGGGCGGAGACUGUCGCACACCGAGCAAGGGUGGCAGGCAGCUGGACAUACAGGGGUUCGGAGAUUCGAUGAUGGAUGAUUGA